CUAGGCAGUUAAGUUAUAAUAUUAUCGUAUUCGUGUAUUAUCUCCAUUAUCGUAAGAUUAGCGGCCUACAAAUAACACAGGAAAACUGAUUUGAUUCACACACCGGUCACACACAUGGCGUCUUCGUUACGCAACGGACGGGUGUGAAGUGGUUUUUGUUUAAUUUUUUUUUGUUACAUUCUGUGAAUAUAUUUUAUGUGAAUUAAAAGUGCAAAAUGAAAUUUUCGAUCGCAUGUCUACUGCUGGCAUCCCUCCACGUAGGGUUUGCCUACAAGAUCCUCGUGGUGUUCCCGAUGCCUGGGAAGAGCCACACAAUCCUUGGGGAAGGAGUCGUCCGACACUUGGCUAAUGCUCAGCAUGAUGUUACAUACAUAACUCCAAUAUUUCUGAAAUCUCCACCGAAAAAUGUGAGACAAAUAGACGUAACUUCCAAUUUCGACUUCAUGAAAAACAAUGGUAUGUUAAUUAUUCAUAUUGCCAAGUGAUAUGCGCAGGAGUACUCUGU